AUGAACUUGCAAAACAACUGUGCAUCUGACGAGCAGGCCUCUCCUUAUGCCACUACAAGCAACUUCAACAAUAUCAUCAACUCUACUGCAUCAUCACAUGAAGAUGCAGAGUUAUGGCCAGGGUCACAUUCACACUCACACUCACACUCACACUCACACUCACACCCACACCCACACCCACACCCACACCCACACCCACAUUCACACUCACAUACUACUUCAAGACAUACCACACCUGCCUUGUCUAGACAAGGAUCGCCAUCGAUACUACCGCCUCACUCGUCUAUUAAAUCAACCAUAGUGACAGACCUGGCAUCAAAUGAUUUGAGAACGCAAGCUCUAGCACCACCUUCGCCUCCGUUGAAUUCAAGUUCAAAUUCGCCUGUUUCCAUACCAAAUCAGGAUGUAUCUGUAGUGACACCAUUCUUGGUGAAGCACAUCAGUGACCAGAGUCUAAUACCAAAAGACAACUUCCACAAGUAUUGCUAUCGUCACAAUCCUGAUAUAACGUGCAACAAACAAACAGAUGAAGUUAAAAUGAAAAAAUUGCAAGAAAAAUUGGAAGACCUCCCUAAUAGAGACCAAGAAGCAAUCAGUCAUGUCUGGUCUAUCUUCAGUGCAGCACCAGAACAUCAUCGAAAGUUGAUCUUACAAGGCAUAUUAACCCAAUGUUGUUUCCCACAAUUGUCAUUUGUCUCGCAAGAAGUGGCAUCUUUGAUCAAGAUUGAUUUUAUUUCCACUUUGCCACAGGAAAUUGCUUUAAGGAUUCUUUGCUAUUUGGAUUGCAAUAGUCUUUGCAAUGCUGCACAAGUAUCACGCAAAUGGAAGACUUUAGCUGAUGAUGAUCGUGUUUGGCAUCACAUGUGUGAACAACAUAUUGAUCGCAAAUGCCCCAAUUGUGGAUGGGGACUUCCUUUGAUGCAUAUGAAACGUGCAAGAGAUAUGAUGGAGGAAGAAAUUAAACCAAUUAGACGAAAUGAGGAAGCUACACUGGAGACAACCAGUUCCUCAGAACACGGAGUAACUUUACUGCAACAAUCCAAUGAUGAACCUAAUCGUAAAAAGCAAAAACCCGAUCAAAAGCCAUCCACUUCACCAGUGCUUAAGAAACGACCUUGGAAAUCUGUCUACUCUGAGAGAUUCAAAUUGGAGAAAAAUUGGCGUAAAGGAGUAUACAAGAUGAAAUCUUUUACGGGCCACAAGGAUGGCGUCACUUGCUUACAAUUCAAUCGAAAGUACUUAAUGACUGGCUCAUACGAUGCAACAAUCAAGAUUUGGAAAAUUGAAACUGGUGAAUGUGUCAAAACACUAACAGGUCACACCAAAGGGGUACGGUCAUUAGUAUUUGAUAAUCAGAAACUAAUCACUGGUGGAUUAGAUUCAACAAUCAAAGUAUGGAACUAUCACACAGGCCAAUGCAUUGCCACGUAUCGAGGACACGACGAUGCCGUUGUUUCGGUUGAUUUUUCAAACAAGUCGAUAGUUUCAGGGUCAGCUGAUAAUACAGUACGUGUAUGGCACGUUGAUUCAAGAACAUGCUAUACAUUGCGCGGUCAUACUGAUUGGGUCAAUUGCGUUAAGAUCCAUCCGGGCUCAAAUACCAUUUUCAGUGCUAGUGAUGAUACAACUAUACGAAUGUGGGAUAUGAAUACUAAUCAAUGUCUCAAGAUUUUUGGCGGAAUGGAAAACAAUGGUCAUAUAGGACAAGUGCAAUGUGUUGUUCCUUUAACUUAUAAGGAUGAAUUAAUUGAAGAUACGAGUGAAGGUGAAAGUGAGCAUGAACCAAGCGCAAGAGACGGACCAUACUUGCAGCCACAAGCACAACUGCAAUCAGUAUCAUCACCAUUGCAAACCCAACUGGCUCCGUCACCACCAGCUUCACAAUCAGCAACAACAAAUUCCAUCCCAGUACGAAACUUGGUUCCAGCAACAAACUCAUUCCCCACCCACAUCCUCACAUCAUCUCUUGACAACACCAUAAAACUCUGGGACGUGGCCACCGGUAAAUGUAUCCGUACCCAGUUCGGCCAUAUCGAAGGUGUAUGGUCAAUUGCUGCCGACACCUUCCGUAUCAUUAGUGGUGCUCAUGAUCGCAUGAUAAAAGUGUGGGAUUUACAAAAUGGGAAAUGCUUACAUACGUUUGGCAAUGCUGCUAGUGUGUCUUGUGUUGCUUUGAGUGAUUCAAAAUUUGUGUCGGGGUUGGAGAAUGGUGAAGUCAAGAUGUACUGUUUUGAUUAA